AUGAAUUGUUUUUUCAAAAGCUUUAUACAAUUAUCUUGUGUCAUAGCAAUCUUAGCAGUAGUGGUAAAUUAUGCCAGUUCUUCUAAUUUAGGUUUAAUUUUUGACGGUUCCUGGUGGAGAGCUUUACGGGAUGAAUUUAUUUAUUCCUUGCAAGUUAUAAACCAACAUCAGAAUUCUGCUAUACGUUGA